AUGUCGCAGAUUGACGGAGCUGAAGUAGCGAAGCACCACAGCAAGAAGGACUGCUGGAUAGUGCUAGAUUCCAAGGCAUACAAUGUGACAAACUUCCUGUCCGAGCACCCAGGUGGCGCACCGAUUAUCCUCAAGAAUGCCGGGUCGGAUGCGACGGAAGAGUUCAAGAAAUACCACCCGUUGAGCUAUCUGGACGAUUAUCUGCCCAAAGAUGCGUUCCUCGGACCUGUCGACCCCAACACAUUCGGCCAGCUACGCCAGAUCAAGAGCGAAGAAUCAACAAAGCCAUCCGAAACCGACCCGAAUUCCAACGAAAUUCCACACGUAAGCCUCUGUGUCUCGACCACCGACUUUGAAGCAGCGGCCAAAGCAGUCUUACCUCAUAAGUCGUACGUUUACGCUUCUGGAUCCGCCAACACAGGUGCAUCGCUCAAAGGCAACCUCGAUGACUGGGGUCGUAUCAAUUUCCGGCCGCGUGUAAUGCGAAACGUAGGCGAUGUAGACACGCGUCGCAAGAUCUUCGGGCAUAGCUCACCGUACCCAUUCUACAUUUGCCCCAUGGGAACGAUGGGCGCCAUCCACGAAGCUGCUGAGCCGGAAAUGAUCCGAGGAGCAGUACGGAAGGGGAUCCACAAAGUCGUUAGUACUGCGAGCUCCAAGAGCAGCGAGCAGAUCAUGCAGAGCUAUCAAGAUGAGCAAAAACGACUUGGUAAUGGCAGUCCGACGCAACUAUUCUACCAAUACUAUAUGCCCGUCGACCGCAACAAGGCUAUCGAGCUCAUGCGCAUCGUCAAACGCUGCGGGUAUAGGGGCCUGUGGAUCACAGUCGAUACGCCUGUUCUUGGUAAGCGAACGGCGGAUCGAUAUCUUCAGGCCGAAGAAGCACUAGCAGUUGGUCUUGCAGAAGAGAGUACUGCAGAGUGGGAGACAGGCGGCGAUAACGCUUUCGCACCUGCCAUGGGUGGACGGCCGGUACAAGGCCAAUUGAGUCCGCAUACCACAUGGGAAGAUCUAGUGUGGAUCCGCAAGGAAUGGGAUGGACCGAUUGUGCUGAAGGGAGUGCAGUGCGCGGAUGAUGCGAAGCUAGCAAUGGAGCAUGGUUGUGAUGGAAUCUUGCUCAGUAACCAUGGGGGCAGGCAGUUGCACACCGCACCGAGUGCGCUCAUGACGUUGUUGGAGAUUCGAACGUAUUGUCCAGAAGUCCUGGAGAAGCUGGAAGUCUUCCUCGAUGGUGGUCUGAGAGAUGGGAACGACGUGCUGAAGGCGCUGUGCCUGGGUGCGACAGCUGUGGGCGUAGGAAGACCCUUCCUAUAUGCGCUUGGAGCUUAUGGGUCGAAGGGUGUUGAGAGAUGUGUUGACAUUCUUGCGGAUGAGCUGCAGACAGGCAUGCGCUUGUUAGGCAUCACAUCGCUGGACCAGUGCAGACCUGAGAUGGUUAAUGCAACGAGACUGCUGAAUGAGAUGUGGCGACCGGACCAGUUGAGCUUGAAGAGUAAGCUGUAA